AUCUCCGAUUAGGCGUCGGUAUCUAGCUAGAAAAUAGGUAGUAGUCCGUGUACCUGCACUAAACUCCCAGUAUUUUUCAUUUUCUACCUCUUCAUCUUAUUUUGUAAUGGUGAUCCAAUACAUUUUUUGCCAUUUAAUUUCCAUGACUACUCAACUCGAUUUAUCAUGUUGCUCUCGUGCUAUAUUUGUUUUACAAUGUGACAGUCUUAAUACAUUUGGCAUCAGAAACUAAGUACCAUGACAAUAUUAAAAUGUGAGUUCUCAGCCCUACAAGCUAGCGAUUUGAUAUUACCAACGGAUUCAUAACAACUGAAGACCGCGGCAUGCCAUUCUGUUUAUUCCCACGGUGCUUUUCUAACCAGGAAGUCACGUUGGUCAACAUAUGAAAGUAUACCCACUUACUUGACGACCUGCGUUAGCAAUUCAGGCGCCUGAGAGAGUCACUAGAGCGCGGUCCCUUUCUUCCUCUCCCCUCUCUGCGCCUCAUGAUCUCACCACUGAGGCUUGUCUCUGCAGCCAUCUGGCAAACGGUCCAGCAGAGACAUGUGAUGGAUUAUGGGAUGCUGGAGGAGUUUGUUACCAUGGUCACAGAGAUAGUUCCAGAGAUCCUGAAUAACAGUCAAAGGGCUCAACUUAUUCUGGGUCUCCGUGCACAGCUGGUCCUGGAGUUGUGUCGCUCUAAACCAAUCGCAGACCUCGAGACCAUUCAGACACAUCUGGACAGGAUACAGACCCUCACACCUCUCUGGGGAACACAGGCUACCGAUGCAGAGGUGGGAUUAUCUGAAUCAAACUUCCUGGGGCUGGUUCAAACCCUCCUGACAGACCCAGAUGAGAAGAAUCAUUUCUUCCAGGAUGUUUUUCCUGUGGAAUUUGGCCCCACUUAUGAUGCAGCGAUACAGAAACUCAUGUGGCAAUUCCUUUCAAGACUUGAGAAGCUAGUUCUUGUGUCAAACUUCCAACAGGCUGCCUCUCUACUCAGUGAUGUCCCCUCUAUUCUGGAGGAAUGUCUGGAGUCAGUGUCUCACCCUCAGCAGCUGAAAACCCUGCUUCAGUACCACAGAGACCUUGGCCAGCUGGAUAACCAUGACACUCCAUCGUCCACUGAUGGGGACUGCAUUCUCUCAGCUCUCUGUCUUCCUCCUGUGGAACGGGUGGUGAUUCCGUCAGAGGCAGAGAAAGGAAGUAUGGAUGUAAAAGAAACCGAGAAGUUUGUGGAUGGCAGGUCAGGUGAAUGCAAGGAAAACCAGCCUUCUUCUGUUACUGAGGAGGAGGACGCAGAGGAUGAUGCGGCUAACCCCGAGACAGAGGAGAUUGAACCGGAAUACAAUACAAUGAUGGUUAUAGGGGAAGAUGGUGUAGAGAGGCCGGUAAAACUUAUCCAAAAGCCUCCUCCAGAAAACGAAGAAACUCAUGGUGAAGAACACCGCGAAACACCCAAUCUAGAACAACAGACCCCCAAAUCGGAUCAGAUCAAAUCAAUUGAAGAGGGGUGUCUUCCACAAGGGGAGCUUGGAGAGGGUAGUAUUCUUCCAGUAGAGGGGCAGACAAACCCAGAGCAGUCAGGCAGGACAGACCAGCAGAGUUUGAACUGUGACGCAGGAAUCUUACAAGUCUCUGCAACACUGAGCAAGCAGAAUUCUGCAUUGACCCAAAUGCAUUCCGUAGAGGGGUCAUCUUCACGAGGGAAAAGGUCGCUGGAACGUAGGACAUGCAAGGUGUGCGGUAAGGUUGUCCAGCGUCCGGCAGUUCUUAGGAAACACAUGGUGACCCACACUGGAGACUGGCCCUAUCAAUGUCCUACCUGUAAGAAGAUUUACAAGACCUUGAAAAGCUUCCAGGAACAUACUGAAAAAUGUGUCUUUCCUAAUGAGGAAGCGCUUCAGGACAGCGAGUCUCCCGUAUCAGUGAUGCAAUACAAGGGUCGGGUUUUAAAGAAAAUUCUGCCACUUCCACCAGGACAAAAAGCAGCACAGAAAGAAAAAGACCAGAAGCGCAUUGUCUGCAAGACAUGUCCUGUUUGUGGGAAGACUUUCGCCACAGGUUCGAGCAUGAAGAGGCAUCAGAUUAUCCACACUGAGCCCAAAAAGUGCCGACUGUGUGAACAGGUCUUCCCUAACUCGUCUGAACUGAAGAUCCACAUGGAAACCCAUCCAAAAAAAGGCCUUCAUCAAUGCAGUAACUGUGAGAGGACUUUCAAGCAUGAUUACAGUCUUAAGGCUCAUGAAGAGGCUUGUCUGUUUCUGAGUCAACAAGGGCAGCUUGGAGAGGGCAGCAGUCUUCCAACUAUGGCACAGACAAACCCAGGGCCAUCCAGCAUACACCAGCAGAGCAUAACAGCAGGUUUCAUACAAGUCUCGGAAACUCUGAGCCAACAGAAUUCUGCCUUCGCCUACAUGCAUUCUGUAGAGGGGUCAUCUGCAAGAGCCAAAAGGUCGCUGGAACGUAGGACAUGCAAGGUGUGCGGUAAGGUCGUCCAGCGUCCGGCAGUUCUUAGGAAACACAUGGUGACCCACACUGGAGACUGGCCCUAUCAAUGUCCUACCUGUAAGAAGAUUUACAAGACCUUGAAAAGCUUCCAGGAACAUACUGAAAAAUGUGUCUUUCCUGUGGAGGAAGCGCCUCAGGAGAGUGAGUCAUCCUCCACCAAUGCAACCAAAGACCCAUCUUCCACCCUGGAACUGAAUGCAUCGAUAGGAUCAUCCAAACGCUGUGCGAGAUGUCCAAUUUGCCAUAAAUUUAUAUCCGGGUACCUGAGAUACCACAUUCUCUCUCACUCUGACGAACGCCCACACGCUUGCCCUCGCUGUGGGUCAAAGUACAAGUUUGACUUUGUAUUGAGGAGGCACAUGAGACUGUUCUGCAAAGUGAAGAAGGGUGAGCCUGUUGAAUUGGGAGAAAAGAAGAUCCACAAGUGCAACGAAUGUGGGAAGGAGUUUGGGCUAAAAUCCACACUGACGGCACACAAACGCAUCCACAACCCGCUACGUUGCGCCUAUUGUCGAAGAAUGUUCCCAGACCAAGAAACACUUGCAAUACACAAGGUGGAGCACAAGCCAGUCCAAUGCACCAUGUGUGAUAAGAACUUCAAUGUAAUACGAUACCUCUCAAGACAUUAUGUAGAGGACCAUCAGUUCAGUGGGCCAUUUCGCUGCACAUUCUGCGAGAAAAGCUACGCCGAGUUAUCCGUUUUCAUCAGACACGAGAGGACUCACACCGGGGAUCUCCCAUAUAAGUGCUCCCACUGUCCAAAGAAGUUUCAUUUUGAGACUGCUCUUGUGACACACCAGAGAAAACAUACAGGAGAGAGACCGUGCCUUUGCUGGGAGUGUGGAAAAAGCUUCCAAACCAAGGGAAUUUUAAAGGCACACAUGGACCGCGUUCACACUCAGGUGAAGCGUUUCCCCUGUUCCCAGUGUAACAAAGUUUUCAAGGACAAAGGUCAAAUGAAAAUGCAUGAGAAUGUAUAUCACAAAGGGGUGCGUUUUCCGUGCUCUUAUUGCGGUAAGGGUUUCUUCAGCCCUGCCCCAUUGGCGAGACACGUGUUGAUUCACACAGGGGAAAAUCCUUAUUCUUGCACCUAUAAGGAGUGUACCAGGGUUUUCAAAUCAGCAUCUGAGCUGAGGAUACACAUCAGAUACCACACUGGAGAGCGGCCAUUCAAGUGUAAGGACUGUGGCAAGGGUUUUGUUCAAGCCCAUUAUCUAACCGUACACCGACGAAGUCACACCGGGGAGAAGCCAUACCCUUGUCUGACCUGCAACAGGUACUUCGGCACCUCUAGUCAGUUGGCCAGACACAUUAAGACUCACACAGGAGAGAAACCAUACCAAUGUGGGGAUUGUGGGAAAGCUUUCAAUCGAAGAGACCGCUUACGAACUCAUAAAGACAAAUGCCAUCCGGUUACUAGUUACUGAAAGUGCAGAUUAUAUCUUAAUGUUCUAUACAUUAUGGUUGUUAUGCAAUUGGUGUAUAUAAACAAUCUGUAGCUUAUGUUUUCACGUAGCCAGUAGCAAGUGACAGGGGCUUAACUCAACCUGCUCUAGCAACCCUGCCAUGAAAAAUGUUAAGUAUUUUUUAUACUAUGGUUGUAGUGAUGACUGUUGGAUUCUGGGAUGAAUAAAGGACAUCAACUUGUCAUGCAGUUAA